UCCACGCCGGCGGCUCCUUCGCCACAGCAGCCGGCUAUACAAACCAUACUCAAACGCACCGGCAGCUCCUCUUCCCUAGACAGUAACUCUAGCGACAGCUCACGUAUGAGCCCAAUGCGGUCCUUGCGCAAGAAGAUGUCAUCAUCUGGUCUUACGGCUAUCACAAAGAAAAGCAGUGGCAAGUUAGUGACACAUGAUAGGGGCAGCAUGCGCGCACGAGCACACUCGACACAGGUCACUGCACCCACUCGCCUGAAAGCCAGUGUGAGCGGCGAGGAUCUGAUGGAUGCUGAACUGGUUAAUCAUAGUGCCUCGG